AUGGAAGUAUACAAGUGGAUAGUAGGAAAAGCCACUGGCACUAUAUGGUCACUAAGUCAAAGUGAAAAAUGGUUGGUAGAGUUGGAUAAAGACACAGGAGACACUGGUAAAGCAAAAGCAAGAACCCAAAGCGAGAAUGAGCUCAUUUUGAAGACUGAUGGAGAUAAUAAAGAAGUGGAGGAGGAAGAGGACUUGAAGCUGACUUCAAGACAUUCAAACCAACCGAUCCCAAUUCCGAUGAUGAACGAUGAUCAAGGCCCGAGUACCAGUCAAUCUACAUCCAGAAACGUCAAAAAAGUGUACAAGACCAAGAAGCGUGCUGAAGAUACACCUCCAGUGAAAAGGGGAAGGCCAAGAAAAGUCAAGAAAGAAGAAAGUCCAGAGAGACUGCGUAGUCCUUCAUUCGACGCUCCUAGACCCAAAAGAAGUUGUCGUGCCAAAUCAGAAGCUGUUGUUGCUCAAGAGGAAGAUGAAAUCGUUAGCGAUGAAGAACCGUUGUCGAGUGAUACCUCAUAUGAGGUAAUAUAUGGUCACUAUGUCAAAGUGAAAAAUGGAUGGUUGCAUAAGGACACAGGAGACACUGGUAAUAUAUGGUCACUACGUCAAAAUGAAAAUUGGAUGGGUACCAGAUAUGCACAUCGAAGUAUUAUAGAGCUUCCUGUCGAAAUCCGGCAGAAUGUCAAAGUUAUGCUUCUGAGAAUGAUUGAGAACUACAAGGAACAAAUGGUUCCGAUUGGAAAUAAUUUUGAUGCAGAAUUAGCUCAAAUGAGGGAGAAAUGUUUACUUCAUCGUGAACUAUCCGAUGUUUCUUCCUCCACACUGAGAUGCUUGCCCGCCACCAAAAUGAAAUUGCUCAAAUUAAGAAGAAUCAUCAAAUAG